GGUUAGGCAUAAAGAAAAAGAGUUGGUUAGGGUUAGGCAUAGAGAAAGAGAGUUGGUUAGGGUUAGGGCUAAGGGUGGGGGUGGGGCGAUAGAAAAGAGCGAAAAAAAAGGAAUAAGAAGGGUGUGCACGGUCCGUCUAUGGCCCAGCGGGCUCGCACUCAUGUCUCAUUGAGCCCCCCCGGGUGUCUAGUACCCAGUCUGUGGAUCCAGAGGCCUUCCGCCCGCCUCCGUUGGGCGGCACUCCAUCUGGAGUUGGCUUGGACCACACACGCCCGGACAGAAGCCCACCCGUGCCGGAUAAAGUGUUGGACAAGCGGCCGGAAGACCUUACCGCUGUGGCGAUUGACCAGCCAAGGGAUGUUCCGCAAGGGAGCGCUGCUCCGGGCCGAGGGCGGAUCUCCGGUGGAACUGAUCCGAGCCCUGACAAGCAGAUCACCCAGGCUGGGAUUUUUGCGGUAGGCCGAGACCAGAUAAUAGUCCUUCAGUUUGCCGCUUUUCUCCACAAAGGGGGAGGCUUCUUCUGGUCCAGGAAGCACCUGAACUGUCUCCUGAGGAAGGAUCUGGAAUACCCUCUCUUCCUCAGGGCCGUGAACAGGGCUCCCAUGGCCGUUACAAAGUCCUCCCGCCUGGUGCAGAUCCGGUGGAACCUCAGCAGCUGGGACUUCACCAAUCCCGCGUAGGUGUGUCGGGGGUGGAAGCUGGUUUUGUGGAGGAGGGCAUGGGUAUCCGUCUCUUUAAAAAACACCUUAAUGUCCAAAUGGUGAGUGGAGGUGAAAUCCGGACCCUUGAAGGUGGUAGUGUCCAGGAAGUCCACUGACGUGGGGCUGGUGGUGGACUUAAUGGUGAUACUGGGGUUGUGGGUAUUCAGGGUGUGGCGGAACCCCUCAAAUUCCUCCAUGGAAUGAGUCCACACCCCCCAGAUAUCAUCCAAAUACCUGAAAUAAUGGAGGGGCCUGAUUGCGCAGGCAGCAAGGGCAGAGGUCUCCCAUUCUGCCAUGAAGAUGUUAGCAUAGGCCGGAGCAAACUUUUUGCCCAUGGCCGUGCCCUUGAUCUGUAGAAAGAACCGGCCAUUGAACUCAAAGUCGUUCCUCCUGAGGUUGAUGUCGAGAAGCUGGAGGAGUUCCUUCUCGGGCCUGCUAACAUCUCGGUAUUUAUAAAAAAUGUUUUUGACGGCUUGGAUGCCCUGGUCAAUGUCAAUAUUCGUGUACAAACUAUCAAUAUCAAUGGUAAACAAGACUGCCUCUUGGGGAAUGAUCAAAUUUUUAAUUUUGUCAAUAAAGUCAUAUGUGUCCUUAAGAUAACUCUCGUGUUUAAUGGAGAGUGGGGUCAAAAAGUAAUCUAUAAACGCCGCCGUCCUGUAGGUUUCACUGCCGCAGUCGGACACAAUGGGCCUGCCCGGGGGUAUCUCGUACGGUCGGCUCCACUUGUGUCGUUCCUUGUGGAUCUUGGGGAGCAAGUAGAACCUACGGGGGCGGGGCUCCGAUUCGCCCAAGAGGUAAGUCUUUUGUUUGUGGUUAAUGAAUCGUUUUUUCAUUAAAUUUUUGACUAUGUUUUCGACCAUAGGGAUCGUUUGUGGGUAAAUGGGCGUGGCCAAUGGUUGGUAGUAGGUGGUGUCACUCAAUUGUCUGGUGCCCUCCCAGACAUAUUGAGACCUAUCCAUGAUGACCACUGCGCUACCCUUGUCUGCCGGCUUAAUAAUUAUGUUCCUGUUGUUUUUCAGGCUAUGCAGGGCCUCUGUUUCGUCCCGCGUCAGGUUGGGCGCGACCGCGAGGGCGCAGCCCGAUAGGAGCGACGGGUGUUCGUCCGCCAGGACCAGCGUUUGGACCUCUGGAGGAAGCAGUCCCGGUGAGGGCUCCCAAUCGGACCUCGGGGUGAAAGGUCGCGGCCCAAGAGACUCUUGCUUUUCAUAGAAAACCGCAGUUUUGACACUUCUAUGAUAUUCCUGCAGGUCGAAUUUUACUUGAUGGUGCCACUCUGGACUGAGGCUGGUGGACGGGACGAAACUGAGGCCCUUGUCGAGGAGGGAAUGCUGCGAUGAGGUAAGUAGGAAAUUUUUUGAUAAAUUUACGAUGUUUUUGUUUGUGUUUAUGUUUCCCCCCCGAAAGGUCGGGCUUUUGGGGAGGUCAAGUUUAAACAGUGAUACCAGUGCCUCAUCAUGUUCUUGGCUGUGUCCUUUGUCCAAUGGAUCUUGUCCCUCCCCGUUUCAAAAUCGUCGUCGGCGAGUGCCGGGAAGAAUUGGAGGCGGGUUUGGAUGUAAUUGUUAAUCAGCCGGAGGUUGUCCUUGUGUUCCUCGGGCAGGGAUUCCGAGAAAUUGAGGAGGGGGAUGAAGACUUCGGCAUUAGGGAAGGUCGUUUUGGCCGCUUUAAGGGCCCUCCGGAGCUGUUUGAAGGUGGUAACCUUGGGUUUUUGUUCCCUAUUAUUGAUGCCGAAUGCUAAGACCACCUUCUCAACCUCAGGACUAACUGCUGUUUUUUUCAGGAUGGCCUCUGCAUGGAGAAAUCUGGCCCCCGGGUAGCUGUCGAUCUGGAUGUCCUGGUGACGAAAGGCUGGGAGGUGCUUGAGGUUAGAGUCCCCGAUCACCACGACCUUCCUGCUGACAGACAGGUGCCAAUCCAUCAUUUUUCGAUCCGAGUUGAUGUGCACAGUGGGCUUUCUGGCAGUGCUCGGACUCGUAGGCGUGGUAACCUGCGCCGUACUAUUGUCUUCUGUCGGCUGUGAAGUCGAAGUGACUGUUUUUGUUUUUUUCUGGCUUCCAGAAAACAGUUGGGCCCAACUUGGGGUUCUCAGACCCAGGACAGGCCUGUCUGGGACGGACGUCUCCGGGAGGGGCACGCCCGGGAGGAGUGGAUCCGGGACGGGUAGAUCCAAGAGGGGCGUGUCCGGGAGGGGCGUGUCCGGAAGAGGCGUGUCCGGAAGAGGCGUGUCCGGAGGAGGCGUGUCCGGAGGAGGCGCGUCCGGGAUGGGCGGGUCCGGGAGGGGUUCCUGUGACCGCUCAGGGUAGAGUAGGUACCAGGGUGGAGGCGUGUCCGGGGAAGACUGAUCCCGUGUGGGCGACCCCGACUGCUCAGGUAAGUGUUGGUCCGUCUCUGGCUGGUCAGGAGUCCCCCGCACAUUCUCAUCCCCAUGUAUCAAAAUCAACGCACUGUGUUCAACAGGUGGAGCCGGGCGAGGCGGCGUGUCGGAGACCACCGGGAGGACCCCGAUCUCAGCACCGACCCGCGAUCGCGGCCCAUGCGGCCGGACCAAAGGUGCCUCGACGAUAGCGUCGUCGGCAGGUCUGCUGCACGGCUUGCGAGGUCGCGUUGCUCUCUGGGCCACAGAUGGUUCGGUAGCCGGAGAGGAAGGCGACAAGACCGGGAAAGGGACCGGAGUCACCCGUCCACGCGGGUCCCGAUCCUGCUCCACCUCAGGGGACCACUCCCUGGUAAUGGGGUCGGUCAUGGUGGACACCGUGGCGUGUGCAGCGGCAGUUGGUAGAAUGACCGGCGGGGGCAGCGAGGGGUGCACCACCUCCAUGACAACGCGGUUGUCCAACGAGUCCGAGUCCGCUCGAGGCUCGGUACGUCGGCGCCGCGCUGGGGGCAACACCUCCUCAACGGCCCGGGUGUCAACCAAGACCGAGUCCACCUGAGACUGGGCCUGCUGGAGCGUCUCAGUCGUCAGCCUGCGCCCUAGGUGUGUCUUGGCCCACGCCGAGGCCACUUUGAAUGGGGCUUCCCAAUUGUGUGAAAUAAAUUCCCCCAGUUUAUCAGCUUCUGAUUGCAGUGUUUUAUGGUAAUGUUCCCUAAGAAUUAUAAUUGUAGAAUGUGCCCAAUUUUUUGCAUUACCCUUUAUCCGGUCUUCUGUGUCGGGGUUGGUAACAGCUGGUCUGAUUCCCGUCGUCAAAGCAAGUUCCAUCCUAGUGAUGGUAAGUGGUUGUUGUUCCUUGCUGACGUUUUUUAGAUGAUGUACCACUUUAAUGAUGUUGUACAUAAUUCUAGCUAUGGAGCUAAAGUCGGGGUCCAGAUUGUCAGGAGAAGAUGCCCUGGGGGGAUGUGCCUGGUUAAUCUUGGCUGUUCUUUCUUUGCGGCGUUUUCCCCGUGCUGUUUUGUGUUGUUUGUUACCCCUAUGAUUUGCCCUAUGAGUCCCCCUGGGAUAGGGAGGGUUAUCAUGGGUAGGGUGGAAAUUUCCCCUGUUUUGGCGGGGCAUGUCAUCUGCCGGAAAAUUGGGAUGUUGCGGUUGGAAGCCUCUGAAAAAUGUGUUAUUAUUUUGGCGUGCAGUGUCGUUGUUUCGCCACUGUGGGGCGCUGUCUCGUAUCUCACGCGCGUUAUGAUCCCGGUGACGCGCGUCAUGAUCCCGGCGACGCGCGUCAAGAUCCCGGCCACGCGCGUCAUGAUCCCGUUCACGAGCGUCAUGAUCCCGGUCACGCGCGUCAUGAUCCCGGUCACGCGCGCCACGAUCACGGUCACGCGCGCCAUGAUUACGGUCACGCGCGUCGCGAUCACGGUGAUGCGCGUCGCGAUCACGGUGACGCGCGUCAUGCUCACGGUGACGCGCGUCAUGAUCACGGUGACGCGCGUCAUGAUCACGGUGCCGCGCGUCAUGAUCACGGCGACGCGUGUCCCAUUGGGGGCGGCCAUGGCCGCCGCAACAAUGAUCGUGAUCAUGAGGCCAACCUCGAGUCACUUCAGCAUAUGUGAGGUGCUGAAAACGGCCGGAAAAUUGUGUGUUUUGGCCGUAAUGGCGGUCGUUAUGAUGCGGGGAUCGGGAACGCGGAACCAUCUCGCGCUGCUGGCACUGUUUCCGUCCGCGCGGACGGACCUGGUGCCAUUCCUCGUCCUCCCACGCCGUCAUUUUUUGGAAAAUGCGUUAUUUUGAUGAGUAGAAUAAGGUGGGUAGGCUGAAAUUAUAUUAGGGACUAAGGUAAGUAGGGUGAAUAGAAAUUAAAAUUGUAUGGGAAAUAAUAUAUAUAUAUAUAAAGUGAAACAAGAGAAAACCGGCGAGCUUCCGCCCGCUGUGUGGCGCACUUCCGCCCGGACCGGAUGUCUCAAGAUGGCCGAGAAUGCGAAGCACUCUCGACAAAAAAACAAAUUAACAAACAACUAAGGGCGGUUCUGCGAAGAACGAUAAAAAAUCCCCAAGGAAAGGGGUUAAACUAACUAGCUAAGAAACUUAGGCUUGUAAAACUGAACGUAAGUAAGCGAAUUGUCAACGGACUUUUCGCCUCGUGGGAGACCAGCUCGCCACGGCACCAAAUUAAAGGGAAAGAGGGAAAAUGGGAGAAAAGGAGGUAAAAUAGUGUAAAUUUGUGAUAAAUGCAAGUCUUGUUUCGCAACGUUUCGGUACUCUCUGUACCUUCUUCAGGCGUAAGACUUGUCUAACUGAAUGAGUGUGAAAAUCGGCUUGUUCGUGCAAUUUCGUGAGCUGUUGCUCCUCUGGUGGUUCGAUGGCAAGUGAGGCCAUUGGCUGCGAGAGGUGGGGUGGAGUCAUGGCUGGCAGAAAAUAAGGAAUUAUUUUUGCAAAGCAAAAACUCUCCACUGAUAAACCACGUGACUGCAGGAAUGUGUGGCCCCAAGCACAAUUAACCCCUAUAGAAUUGCUUAUAAUAGUGAAUUAAAAUAAAGAUCAAUAAUAAAAUAUAAUAAAAAAAAUUAUAUAUAUAUAUAUAUAUAUAUAUAUGUACAAUUAUGUCCACAUAUACAGAUAUAUACUAUACUAUAUAUAAAAAAAGGUUAGAAAAAUUCACUAUUAGUUGCACAGUGAACCAAGCCGUGGACCAAGGUAAGUAUGGCUCCUUUAUGGAGUCCGAACAGGUCCAACAAUGUUUUUAGGAAGUUUUUCAGGUUUUUUAAUGUGUUUUUGUGAAUUUUUGAGGUUUUUUGUGAUUUUUUAAGAUGUUUUUUGUAUUUUUUUGCAGGUCCUCGUAGGAGUGCUGGGACAUCCGGGGCCCCCCCAGCGCCGGAAUGUCCGAAUACCCAGGUAAGUAGCUGUACAAUGCAGGUAAGUAGGGUAAGUGGGAAUAAUAUGAUGUUGUUUUUGUUGUUUGUGUGUACACACAAAUGGCCCAGGUGGGCCCACAAGGCAGAGCGCGAGCCGUGAGUGGACCAGAGGCACAGGCGGGUUAGGGUUGGGGUUGGGGUUAGGGUUAGGGUUAGGGUUAGGUUUAGAGUUAGGGUUAGGGUUAGGCAUAAAGAAAAAGAGUUGGUUAGGGUUAGGCAUAGAGAAAGAGAGUUGGUUAGGGUUAGGGCUAAGGGUGGGGGUGGGGCGAUAGAAAAGAGCGAAAAAAAAGGAAUAAGAAGGGUGUGCACGGUCCGUCUAUGGCCCAGCGGGCUCGCACUCAUGUCUCAUUGAGCCCCCCCGGGUGUCUAGUACCCAGUCUGUGGAUCCAGAGGCCUUCCGCCCGCCUCCGUUGGGCGGCACUCCAUCUGGAGUUGGCUUGGACCACACACGCCCGGACAGAAGCCCACCCGUGCCGGAUAAAGUGUUGGACAAGCGGCCGGAAGACCUUACCGCUGUGGCGAUUGACCAGCCAAGGGAUGUUCCGCAAGGGAGCGCUGCUCCGGGCCGAGGGCGGAUCUCCGGUGGAACUGAUCCGAGCCCUGACAAGCAGAUCACCCAGGCUGGGAUUUUUGCGGUAGGCCGAGACCAGAUAAUAGUCCUUCAGUUUGCCGCUUUUCUCCACAAAGGGGGAGGCUUCUUCUGGUCCAGGAAGCACCUGAACUGUCUCCUGAGGAAGGAUCUGGAAUACCCUCUCUUCCUCAGGGCCGUGAACAGGGCUCCCAUGGCCGUUACAAAGUCCUCCCGCCUGGUGCAGAUCCGGUGGAACCUCAGCAGCUGGGACUUCACCAAUCCCGCGUAGGUGUGUCGGGGGUGGAAGCUGGUUUUGUGGAGGAGGGCAUGGGUAUCCGUCUCUUUAAAAAACACCUUAAUGUCCAAAUGGUGAGUGGAGGUGAAAUCCGGACCCUUGAAGGUGGUAGUGUCCAGGAAGUCCACUGACGUGGGGCUGGUGGUGGACUUAAUGGUGAUACUGGGGUUGUGGGUAUUCAGGGUGUGGCGGAACCCCUCAAAUUCCUCCAUGGAAUGAGUCCACACCCCCCAGAUAUCAUCCAAAUACCUGAAAUAAUGGAGGGGCCUGAUUGCGCAGGCAGCAAGGGCAGAGGUCUCCCAUUCUGCCAUGAAGAUGUUAGCAUAGGCCGGAGCAAACUUUUUGCCCAUGGCCGUGCCCUUGAUCUGUAGAAAGAACCGGCCAUUGAACUCAAAGUCGUUCCUCCUGAGGUUGAUGUCGAGAAGCUGGAGGAGUUCCUUCUCGGGCCUGCUAACAUCUCGGUAUUUAUAAAAAAUGUUUUUGACGGCUUGGAUGCCCUGGUCAAUGUCAAUAUUCGUGUACAAACUAUCAAUAUCAAUGGUAAACAAGACUGCCUCUUGGGGAAUGAUCAAAUUUUUAAUUUUGUCAAUAAAGUCAUAUGUGUCCUUAAGAUAACUCUCGUGUUUAAUGGAGAGUGGGGUCAAAAAGUAAUCUAUAAACGCCGCCGUCCUGUAGGUUUCACUGCCGCAGUCGGACACAAUGGGCCUGCCCGGGGGUAUCUCGUACGGUCGGCUCCACUUGUGUCGUUCCUUGUGGAUCUUGGGGAGCAAGUAGAACCUACGGGGGCGGGGCUCCGAUUCGCCCAAGAGGUAAGUCUUUUGUUUGUGGUUAAUGAAUCGUUUUUUCAUUAAAUUUUUGACUAUGUUUUCGACCAUAGGGAUCGUUUGUGGGUAAAUGGGCGUGGCCAAUGGUUGGUAGUAGGUGGUGUCACUCAAUUGUCUGGUGCCCUCCCAGACAUAUUGAGACCUAUCCAUGAUGACCACUGCGCUACCCUUGUCUGCCGGCUUAAUAAUUAUGUUCCUGUUGUUUUUCAGGCUAUGCAGGGCCUCUGUUUCGUCCCGCGUCAGGUUGGGCGCGACCGCGAGGGCGCAGCCCGAUAGGAGCGACGGGUGUUCGUCCGCCAGGACCAGCGUUUGGACCUCUGGAGGAAGCAGUCCCGGUGAGGGCUCCCAAUCGGACCUCGGGGUGAAAGGUCGCGGCCCAAGAGACUCUUGCUUUUCAUAGAAAACCGCAGUUUUGACACUUCUAUGAUAUUCCUGCAGGUCGAAUUUUACUUGAUGGUGCCACUCUGGACUGAGGCUGGUGGACGGGACGAAACUGAGGCCCUUGUCGAGGAGGGAAUGCUGCGAUGAGGUAAGUAGGAAAUUUUUUGAUAAAUUUACGAUGUUUUUGUUUGUGUUUAUGUUUCCCCCCCGAAAGGUCGGGCUUUUGGGGAGGUCAAGUUUAAACAGUGAUACCAGUGCCUCAUCAUGUUCUUGGCUGUGUCCUUUGUCCAAUGGAUCUUGUCCCUCCCCGUUUCAAAAUCGUCGUCGGCGAGUGCCGGGAAGAAUUGGAGGCGGGUUUGGAUGUAAUUGUUAAUCAGCCGGAGGUUGUCCUUGUGUUCCUCGGGCAGGGAUUCCGAGAAAUUGAGGAGGGGGAUGAAGACUUCGGCAUUAGGGAAGGUCGUUUUGGCCGCUUUAAGGGCCCUCCGGAGCUGUUUGAAGGUGGUAACCUUGGGUUUUUGUUCCCUAUUAUUGAUGCCGAAUGCUAAGACCACCUUCUCAACCUCAGGACUAACUGCUGUUUUUUUCAGGAUGGCCUCUGCAUGGAGAAAUCUGGCCCCCGGGUAGCUGUCGAUCUGGAUGUCCUGGUGACGAAAGGCUGGGAGGUGCUUGAGGUUAGAGUCCCCGAUCACCACGACCUUCCUGCUGACAGACAGGUGCCAAUCCAUCAUUUUUCGAUCCGAGUUGAUGUGCACAGUGGGCUUUCUGGCAGUGCUCGGACUCGUAGGCGUGGUAACCUGCGCCGUACUAUUGUCUUCUGUCGGCUGUGAAGUCGAAGUGACUGUUUUUGUUUUUUUCUGGCUUCCAGAAAACAGUUGGGCCCAACUUGGGGUUCUCAGACCCAGGACAGGCCUGUCUGGGACGGACGUCUCCGGGAGGGGCACGCCCGGGAGGAGUGGAUCCGGGACGGGUAGAUCCAAGAGGGGCGUGUCCGGGAGGGGCGUGUCCGGAAGAGGCGUGUCCGGAAGAGGCGUGUCCGGAGGAGGCGUGUCCGGAGGAGGCGCGUCCGGGAUGGGCGGGUCCGGGAGGGGUUCCUGUGACCGCUCAGGGUAGAGUAGGUACCAGGGUGGAGGCGUGUCCGGGGAAGACUGAUCCCGUGUGGGCGACCCCGACUGCUCAGGUAAGUGUUGGUCCGUCUCUGGCUGGUCAGGAGUCCCCCGCACAUUCUCAUCCCCAUGUAUCAAAAUCAACGCACUGUGUUCAACAGGUGGAGCCGGGCGAGGCGGCGUGUCGGAGACCACCGGGAGGACCCCGAUCUCAGCACCGACCCGCGAUCGCGGCCCAUGCGGCCGGACCAAAGGUGCCUCGACGAUAGCGUCGUCGGCAGGUCUGCUGCACGGCUUGCGAGGUCGCGUUGCUCUCUGGGCCACAGAUGGUUCGGUAGCCGGAGAGGAAGGCGACAAGACCGGGAAAGGGACCGGAGUCACCCGUCCACGCGGGUCCCGAUCCUGCUCCACCUCAGGGGACCACUCCCUGGUAAUGGGGUCGGUCAUGGUGGACACCGUGGCGUGUGCAGCGGCAGUUGGUAGAAUGACCGGCGGGGGCAGCGAGGGGUGCACCACCUCCAUGACAACGCGGUUGUCCAACGAGUCCGAGUCCGCUCGAGGCUCGGUACGUCGGCGCCGCGCUGGGGGCAACACCUCCUCAACGGCCCGGGUGUCAACCAAGACCGAGUCCACCUGAGACUGGGCCUGCUGGAGCGUCUCAGUCGUCAGCCUGCGCCCUAGGUGUGUCUUGGCCCACGCCGAGGCCACUUUGAAUGGGGCUUCCCAAUUGUGUGAAAUAAAUUCCCCCAGUUUAUCAGCUUCUGAUUGCAGUGUUUUAUGGUAAUGUUCCCUAAGAAUUAUAAUUGUAGAAUGUGCCCAAUUUUUUGCAUUACCCUUUAUCCGGUCUUCUGUGUCGGGGUUGGUAACAGCUGGUCUGAUUCCCGUCGUCAAAGCAAGUUCCAUCCUAGUGAUGGUAAGUGGUUGUUGUUCCUUGCUGACGUUUUUUAGAUGAUGUACCACUUUAAUGAUGUUGUACAUAAUUCUAGCUAUGGAGCUAAAGUCGGGGUCCAGAUUGUCAGGAGAAGAUGCCCUGGGGGGAUGUGCCUGGUUAAUCUUGGCUGUUCUUUCUUUGCGGCGUUUUCCCCGUGCUGUUUUGUGUUGUUUGUUACCCCUAUGAUUUGCCCUAUGAGUCCCCCUGGGAUAGGGAGGGUUAUCAUGGGUAGGGUGGAAAUUUCCCCUGUUUUGGCGGGGCAUGUCAUCUGCCGGAAAAUUGGGAUGUUGCGGUUGGAAGCCUCUGAAAAAUGUGUUAUUAUUUUGGCGUGCAGUGUCGUUGUUUCGCCACUGUGGGGCGCUGUCUCGUAUCUCACGCGCGUUAUGAUCCCGGUGACGCGCGUCAUGAUCCCGGCGACGCGCGUCAAGAUCCCGGCCACGCGCGUCAUGAUCCCGUUCACGAGCGUCAUGAUCCCGGUCACGCGCGUCAUGAUCCCGGUCACGCGCGCCACGAUCACGGUCACGCGCGCCAUGAUUACGGUCACGCGCGUCGCGAUCACGGUGAUGCGCGUCGCGAUCACGGUGACGCGCGUCAUGCUCACGGUGACGCGCGUCAUGAUCACGGUGACGCGCGUCAUGAUCACGGUGCCGCGCGUCAUGAUCACGGCGACGCGUGUCCCAUUGGGGGCGGCCAUGGCCGCCGCAACAAUGAUCGUGAUCAUGAGGCCAACCUCGAGUCACUUCAGCAUAUGUGAGGUGCUGAAAACGGCCGGAAAAUUGUGUGUUUUGGCCGUAAUGGCGGUCGUUAUGAUGCGGGGAUCGGGAACGCGGAACCAUCUCGCGCUGCUGGCACUGUUUCCGUCCGCGCGGACGGACCUGGUGCCAUUCCUCGUCCUCCCACGCCGUCAUUUUUUGGAAAAUGCGUUAUUUUGAUGAGUAGAAUAAGGUGGGUAGGCUGAAAUUAUAUUAGGGACUAAGGUAAGUAGGGUGAAUAGAAAUUAAAAUUGUAUGGGAAAUAAUAUAUAUAUAUAUAAAGUGAAACAAGAGAAAACCGGCGAGCUUCCGCCCGCUGUGUGGCGCACUUCCGCCCGGACCGGAUGUCUCAAGAUGGCCGAGAAUGCGAAGCACUCUCGACAAAAAAACAAAUUAACAAACAACUAAGGGCGGUUCUGCGAAGAACGAUAAAAAAUCCCCAAGGAAAGGGGUUAAACUAACUAGCUAAGAAACUUAGGCUUGUAAAACUGAACGUAAGUAAGCGAAUUGUCAACGGACUUUUCGCCUCGUGGGAGACCAGCUCGCCACGGCACCAAAUUAAAGGGAAAGAGGGAAAAUGGGAGAAAAGGAGGUAAAAUAGUGUAAAUUUGUGAUAAAUGCAAGUCUUGUUUCGCAACGUUUCGGUACUCUCUGUACCUUCUUCAGGCGUAAGACUUGUCUAACUGAAUGAGUGUGAAAAUCGGCUUGUUCGUGCAAUUUCGUGAGCUGUUGCUCCUCUGGUGGUUCGAUGGCAAGUGAGGCCAUUGGCUGCGAGAGGUGGGGUGGAGUCAUGGCUGGCAGAAAAUAAGGAAUUAUUUUUGCAAAGCAAAAACUCUCCACUGAUAAACCACGUGACUGCAGGAAUGUGUGGCCCCAAGCACAAUUAACCCCUAUAGAAUUGCUUAUAAUAGUGAAUUAAAAUAAAGAUCAAUAAUAAAAUAUAAUAAAAAAAAUUAUAUAUAUAUAUAUAUAUAUAUAUAUGUACAAUUAUGUCCACAUAUACAGAUAUAUACUAUACUAUAUAUAAAAAAAGGUUAGAAAAAUUCACUAUUAGUUGCACAGUGAACCAAGCCGUGGACCAAGGUAAGUAUGGCUCCUUUAUGGAGUCCGAACAGGUCCAACAAUGUUUUUAGGAAGUUUUUCAGGUUUUUUAAUGUGUUUUUGUGAAUUUUUGAGGUUUUUUGUGAUUUUUUAAGAUGUUUUUUGUAUUUUUUUGCAGGUCCUCGUAGGAGUGCUGGGACAUCCGGGGCCCCCCCAGCGCCGGAAUGUCCGAAUACCCAGGUAAGUAGCUGUACAAUGCAGGUAAGUAGGGUAAGUGGGAAUAAUAUGAUGUUGUUUUUGUUGUUUGUGUGUACACACAAAUGGCCCAGGUGGGCCCACAAGGCAGAGCGCGAGCCGUGAGUGGACCAGAGGCACAGGCGGGUUAGGGUUGGGGUUGGGGUUAGGGUUAGGGUUAGGGUUAGGUUUAGAGUUAGGGUUAGGGUUAGGCAUAAAGAAAAAGAGUUGGUUAGGGUUAGGCAUAGAGAAAGAGAGUUGGUUAGGGUUAGGGCUAAGGGUGGGGGUGGGGCGAUAGAAAAGAGCGAAAAAAAAGGAAUAAGAAGGGUGUGCACGGUCCGUCUAUGGCCCAGCGGGCUCGCACUCAUGUCUCAUUGAGCCCCCCCGGGUGUCUAGUACCCAGUCUGUGGAUCCAGAGGCCUUCCGCCCGCCUCCGUUGGGCGGCACUCCAUCUGGAGUUGGCUUGGACCACACACGCCCGGACAGAAGCCCACCCGUGCCGGAUAAAGUGUUGGACAAGCGGCCGGAAGACCUUACCGCUGUGGCGAUUGACCAGCCAAGGGAUGUUCCGCAAGGGAGCGCUGCUCCGGGCCGAGGGCGGAUCUCCGGUGGAACUGAUCCGAGCCCUGACAAGCAGAUCACCCAGGCUGGGAUUUUUGCGGUAGGCCGAGACCAGAUAAUAGUCCUUCAGUUUGCCGCUUUUCUCCACAAAGGGGGAGGCUUCUUCUGGUCCAGGAAGCACCUGAACUGUCUCCUGAGGAAGGAUCUGGAAUACCCUCUCUUCCUCAGGGCCGUGAACAGGGCUCCCAUGGCCGUUACAAAGUCCUCCCGCCUGGUGCAGAUCCGGUGGAACCUCAGCAGCUGGGACUUCACCAAUCCCGCGUAGGUGUGUCGGGGGUGGAAGCUGGUUUUGUGGAGGAGGGCAUGGGUAUCCGUCUCUUUAAAAAACACCUUAAUGUCCAAAUGGUGAGUGGAGGUGAAAUCCGGACCCUUGAAGGUGGUAGUGUCCAGGAAGUCCACUGACGUGGGGCUGGUGGUGGACUUAAUGGUGAUACUGGGGUUGUGGGUAUUCAGGGUGUGGCGGAACCCCUCAAAUUCCUCCAUGGAAUGAGUCCACACCCCCCAGAUAUCAUCCAAAUACCUGAAAUAAUGGAGGGGCCUGAUUGCGCAGGCAGCAAGGGCAGAGGUCUCCCAUUCUGCCAUGAAGAUGUUAGCAUAGGCCGGAGCAAACUUUUUGCCCAUGGCCGUGCCCUUGAUCUGUAGAAAGAACCGGCCAUUGAACUCAAAGUCGUUCCUCCUGAGGUUGAUGUCGAGAAGCUGGAGGAGUUCCUUCUCGGGCCUGCUAACAUCUCGGUAUUUAUAAAAAAUGUUUUUGACGGCUUGGAUGCCCUGGUCAAUGUCAAUAUUCGUGUACAAACUAUCAAUAUCAAUGGUAAACAAGACUGCCUCUUGGGGAAUGAUCAAAUUUUUAAUUUUGUCAAUAAAGUCAUAUGUGUCCUUAAGAUAACUCUCGUGUUUAAUGGAGAGUGGGGUCAAAAAGUAAUCUAUAAACGCCGCCGUCCUGUAGGUUUCACUGCCGCAGUCGGACACAAUGGGCCUGCCCGGGGGUAUCUCGUACGGUCGGCUCCACUUGUGUCGUUCCUUGUGGAUCUUGGGGAGCAAGUAGAACCUACGGGGGCGGGGCUCCGAUUCGCCCAAGAGGUAAGUCUUUUGUUUGUGGUUAAUGAAUCGUUUUUUCAUUAAAUUUUUGACUAUGUUUUCGACCAUAGGGAUCGUUUGUGGGUAAAUGGGCGUGGCCAAUGGUUGGUAGUAGGUGGUGUCACUCAAUUGUCUGGUGCCCUCCCAGACAUAUUGAGACCUAUCCAUGAUGACCACUGCGCUACCCUUGUCUGCCGGCUUAAUAAUUAUGUUCCUGUUGUUUUUCAGGCUAUGCAGGGCCUCUGUUUCGUCCCGCGUCAGGUUGGGCGCGACCGCGAGGGCGCAGCCCGAUAGGAGCGACGGGUGUUCGUCCGCCAGGACCAGCGUUUGGACCUCUGGAGGAAGCAGUCCCGGUGAGGGCUCCCAAUCGGACCUCGGGGUGAAAGGUCGCGGCCCAAGAGACUCUUGCUUUUCAUAGAAAACCGCAGUUUUGACACUUCUAUGAUAUUCCUGCAGGUCGAAUUUUACUUGAUGGUGCCACUCUGGACUGAGGCUGGUGGACGGGACGAAACUGAGGCCCUUGUCGAGGAGGGAAUGCUGCGAUGAGGUAAGUAGGAAAUUUUUUGAUAAAUUUACGAUGUUUUUGUUUGUGUUUAUGUUUCCCCCCCGAAAGGUCGGGCUUUUGGGGAGGUCAAGUUUAAACAGUGAUACCAGUGCCUCAUCAUGUUCUUGGCUGUGUCCUUUGUCCAAUGGAUCUUGUCCCUCCCCGUUUCAAAAUCGUCGUCGGCGAGUGCCGGGAAGAAUUGGAGGCGGGUUUGGAUGUAAUUGUUAAUCAGCCGGAGGUUGUCCUUGUGUUCCUCGGGCAGGGAUUCCGAGAAAUUGAGGAGGGGGAUGAAGACUUCGGCAUUAGGGAAGGUCGUUUUGGCCGCUUUAAGGGCCCUCCGGAGCUGUUUGAAGGUGGUAACCUUGGGUUUUUGUUCCCUAUUAUUGAUGCCGAAUGCUAAGACCACCUUCUCAACCUCAGGACUAACUGCUGUUUUUUUCAGGAUGGCCUCUGCAUGGAGAAAUCUGGCCCCCGGGUAGCUGUCGAUCUGGAUGUCCUGGUGACGAAAGGCUGGGAGGUGCUUGAGGUUAGAGUCCCCGAUCACCACGACCUUCCUGCUGACAGACAGGUGCCAAUCCAUCAUUUUUCGAUCCGAGUUGAUGUGCACAGUGGGCUUUCUGGCAGUGCUCGGACUCGUAGGCGUGGUAACCUGCGCCGUACUAUUGUCUUCUGUCGGCUGUGAAGUCGAAGUGACUGUUUUUGUUUUUUUCUGGCUUCCAGAAAACAGUUGGGCCCAACUUGGGGUUCUCAGACCCAGGACAGGCCUGUCUGGGACGGACGUCUCCGGGAGGGGCACGCCCGGGAGGAGUGGAUCCGGGACGGGUAGAUCCAAGAGGGGCGUGUCCGGGAGGGGCGUGUCCGGAAGAGGCGUGUCCGGAAGAGGCGUGUCCGGAGGAGGCGUGUCCGGAGGAGGCGCGUCCGGGAUGGGCGGGUCCGGGAGGGGUUCCUGUGACCGCUCAGGGUAGAGUAGGUACCAGGGUGGAGGCGUGUCCGGGGAAGACUGAUCCCGUGUGGGCGACCCCGACUGCUCAGGUAAGUGUUGGUCCGUCUCUGGCUGGUCAGGAGUCCCCCGCACAUUCUCAUCCCCAUGUAUCAAAAUCAACGCACUGUGUUCAACAGGUGGAGCCGGGCGAGGCGGCGUGUCGGAGACCACCGGGAGGACCCCGAUCUCAGCACCGACCCGCGAUCGCGGCCCAUGCGGCCGGACCAAAGGUGCCUCGACGAUAGCGUCGUCGGCAGGUCUGCUGCACGGCUUGCGAGGUCGCGUUGCUCUCUGGGCCACAGAUGGUUCGGUAGCCGGAGAGGAAGGCGACAAGACCGGGAAAGGGACCGGAGUCACCCGUCCACGCGGGUCCCGAUCCUGCUCCACCUCAGGGGACCACUCCCUGGUAAUGGGGUCGGUCAUGGUGGACACCGUGGCGUGUGCAGCGGCAGUUGGUAGAAUGACCGGCGGGGGCAGCGAGGGGUGCACCACCUCCAUGACAACGCGGUUGUCCAACGAGUCCGAGUCCGCUCGAGGCUCGGUACGUCGGCGCCGCGCUGGGGGCAACACCUCCUCAACGGCCCGGGUGUCAACCAAGACCGAGUCCACCUGAGACUGGGCCUGCUGGAGCGUCUCAGUCGUCAGCCUGCGCCCUAGGUGUGUCUUGGCCCACGCCGAGGCCACUUUGAAUGGGGCUUCCCAAUUGUGUGAAAUAAAUUCCCCCAGUUUAUCAGCUUCUGAUUGCAGUGUUUUAUGGUAAUGUUCCCUAAGAAUUAUAAUUGUAGAAUGUGCCCAAUUUUUUGCAUUACCCUUUAUCCGGUCUUCUGUGUCGGGGUUGGUAACAGCUGGUCUGAUUCCCGUCGUCAAAGCAAGUUCCAUCCUAGUGAUGGUAAGUGGUUGUUGUUCCUUGCUGACGUUUUUUAGAUGAUGUACCACUUUAAUGAUGUUGUACAUAAUUCUAGCUAUGGAGCUAAAGUCGGGGUCCAGAUUGUCAGGAGAAGAUGCCCUGGGGGGAUGUGCCUGGUUAAUCUUGGCUGUUCUUUCUUUGCGGCGUUUUCCCCGUGCUGUUUUGUGUUGUUUGUUACCCCUAUGAUUUGCCCUAUGAGUCCCCCUGGGAUAGGGAGGGUUAUCAUGGGUAGGGUGGAAAUUUCCCCUGUUUUGGCGGGGCAUGUCAUCUGCCGGAAAAUUGGGAUGUUGCGGUUGGAAGCCUCUGAAAAAUGUGUUAUUAUUUUGGCGUGCAGUGUCGUUGUUUCGCCACUGUGGGGCGCUGUCUCGUAUCUCACGCGCGUUAUGAUCCCGGUGACGCGCGUCAUGAUCCCGGCGACGCGCGUCAAGAUCCCGGCCACGCGCGUCAUGAUCCCGUUCACGAGCGUCAUGAUCCCGGUCACGCGCGUCAUGAUCCCGGUCACGCGCGCCACGAUCACGGUCACGCGCGCCAUGAUUACGGUCACGCGCGUCGCGAUCACGGUGAUGCGCGUCGCGAUCACGGUGACGCGCGUCAUGCUCACGGUGACGCGCGUCAUGAUCACGGUGACGCGCGUCAUGAUCACGGUGCCGCGCGUCAUGAUCACGGCGACGCGUGUCCCAUUGGGGGCGGCCAUGGCCGCCGCAACAAUGAUCGUGAUCAUGAGGCCAACCUCGAGUCACUUCAGCAUAUGUGAGGUGCUGAAAACGGCCGGAAAAUUGUGUGUUUUGGCCGUAAUGGCGGUCGUUAUGAUGCGGGGAUCGGGAACGCGGAACCAUCUCGCGCUGCUGGCACUGUUUCCGUCCGCGCGGACGGACCUGGUGCCAUUCCUCGUCCUCCCACGCCGUCAUUUUUUGGAAAAUGCGUUAUUUUGAUGAGUAGAAUAAGGUGGGUAGGCUGAAAUUAUAUUAGGGACUAAGGUAAGUAGGGUGAAUAGAAAUUAAAAUUGUAUGGGAAAUAAUAUAUAUAUAUAUAAAGUGAAACAAGAGAAAACCGGCGAGCUUCCGCCCGCUGUGUGGCGCACUUCCGCCCGGACCGGAUGUCUCAAGAUGGCCGAGAAUGCGAAGCACUCUCGACAAAAAAACAAAUUAACAAACAACUAAGGGCGGUUCUGCGAAGAACGAUAAAAAAUCCCCAAGGAAAGGGGUUAAACUAACUAGCUAAGAAACUUAGGCUUGUAAAACUGAACGUAAGUAAGCGAAUUGUCAACGGACUUUUCGCCUCGUGGGAGACCAGCUCGCCACGGCACCAAAUUAAAGGGAAAGAGGGAAAAUGGGAGAAAAGGAGGUAAAAUAGUGUAAAUUUGUGAUAAAUGCAAGUCUUGUUUCGCAACGUUUCGGUACUCUCUGUACCUUCUUCAGGCGUAAGACUUGUCUAACUGAAUGAGUGUGAAAAUCGGCUUGUUCGUGCAAUUUCGUGAGCUGUUGCUCCUCUGGUGGUUCGAUGGCAAGUGAGGCCAUUGGCUGCGAGAGGUGGGGUGGAGUCAUGGCUGGCAGAAAAUAAGGAAUUAUUUUUGCAAAGCAAAAACUCUCCACUGAUAAACCACGUGACUGCAGGAAUGUGUGGCCCCAAGCACAAUUAACCCCUAUAGAAUUGCUUAUAAUAGUGAAUUAAAAUAAAGAUCAAUAAUAAAAUAUAAUAAAAAAAAUUAUAUAUAUAUAUAUAUAUAUAUAUAUGUACAAUUAUGUCCACAUAUACAGAUAUAUACUAUACUAUAUAUAAAAAAAGGUUAGAAAAAUUCACUAUUAGUUGCACAGUGAACCAAGCCGUGGACCAAGGUAAGUAUGGCUCCUUUAUGGAGUCCGAACAGGUCCAACAAUGUUUUUAGGAAGUUUUUCAGGUUUUUUAAUGUGUUUUUGUGAAUUUUUGAGGUUUUUUGUGAUUUUUUAAGAUGUUUUUUGUAUUUUUUUGCAGGUCCUCGUAGGAGUGCUGGGACAUCCGGGGCCCCCCCAGCGCCGGAAUGUCCGAAUACCCAGGUAAGUAGCUGUACAAUGCAGGUAAGUAGGGUAAGUGGGAAUAAUAUGAUGUUGUUUUUGUUGUUUGUGUGUACACACAAAUGGCCCAGGUGGGCCCACAAGGCAGAGCGCGAGCCGUGAGUGGACCAGAGGCACAGGCGGGUUAGGGUUGGGGUUGGGGUUAGGGUUAGGGUUAGGGUUAGGUUUAGAGUUAGGGUUAGGGUUAGGCAUAAAGAAAAAGAGUUGGUUAGGGUUAGGCAUAGAGAAAGAGAGUUGGUUAGGGUUAGGGCUAAGGGUGGGGGUGGGGCGAUAGAAAAGAGCGAAAAAAAAGGAAUAAGAAGGGUGUGCACGGUCCGUCUAUGGCCCAGCGGGCUCGCACUCAUGUCUCAUUGAGCCCCCCCGGGUGUCUAGUACCCAGUCUGUGGAUCCAGAGGCCUUCCGCCCGCCUCCGUUGGGCGGCACUCCAUCUGGAGUUGGCUUGGACCACACACGCCCGGACAGAAGCCCACCCGUGCCGGAUAAAGUGUUGGACAAGCGGCCGGAAGACCUUACCGCUGUGGCGAUUGACCAGCCAAGGGAUGUUCCGCAAGGGAGCGCUGCUCCGGGCCGAGGGCGGAUCUCCGGUGGAACUGAUCCGAGCCCUGACAAGCAGAUCACCCAGGCUGGGAUUUUUGCGGUAGGCCGAGACCAGAUAAUAGUCCUUCAGUUUGCCGCUUUUCUCCACAAAGGGGGAGGCUUCUUCUGGUCCAGGAAGCACCUGAACUGUCUCCUGAGGAAGGAUCUGGAAUACCCUCUCUUCCUCAGGGCCGUGAACAGGGCUCCCAUGGCCGUUACAAAGUCCUCCCGCCUGGUGCAGAUCCGGUGGAACCUCAGCAGCUGGGACUUCACCAAUCCCGCGUAGGUGUGUCGGGGGUGGAAGCUGGUUUUGUGGAGGAGGGCAUGGGUAUCCGUCUCUUUAAAAAACACCUUAAUGUCCAAAUGGUGAGUGGAGGUGAAAUCCGGACCCUUGAAGGUGGUAGUGUCCAGGAAGUCCACUGACGUGGGGCUGGUGGUGGACUUAAUGGUGAUACUGGGGUUGUGGGUAUUCAGGGUGUGGCGGAACCCCUCAAAUUCCUCCAUGGAAUGAGUCCACACCCCCCAGAUAUCAUCCAAAUACCUGAAAUAAUGGAGGGGCCUGAUUGCGCAGGCAGCAAGGGCAGAGGUCUCCCAUUCUGCCAUGAAGAUGUUAGCAUAGGCCGGAGCAAACUUUUUGCCCAUGGCCGUGCCCUUGAUCUGUAGAAAGAACCGGCCAUUGAACUCAAAGUCGUUCCUCCUGAGGUUGAUGUCGAGAAGCUGGAGGAGUUCCUUCUCGGGCCUGCUAACAUCUCGGUAUUUAUAAAAAAUGUUUUUGACGGCUUGGAUGCCCUGGUCAAUGUCAAUAUUCGUGUACAAACUAUCAAUAUCAAUGGUAAACAAGACUGCCUCUUGGGGAAUGAUCAAAUUUUUAAUUUUGUCAAUAAAGUCAUAUGUGUCCUUAAGAUAACUCUCGUGUUUAAUGGAGAGUGGGGUCAAAAAGUAAUCUAUAAACGCCGCCGUCCUGUAGGUUUCACUGCCGCAGUCGGACACAAUGGGCCUGCCCGGGGGUAUCUCGUACGGUCGGCUCCACUUGUGUCGUUCCUUGUGGAUCUUGGGGAGCAAGUAGAACCUACGGGGGCGGGGCUCCGAUUCGCCCAAGAGGUAAGUCUUUUGUUUGUGGUUAAUGAAUCGUUUUUUCAUUAAAUUUUUGACUAUGUUUUCGACCAUAGGGAUCGUUUGUGGGUAAAUGGGCGUGGCCAAUGGUUGGUAGUAGGUGGUGUCACUCAAUUGUCUGGUGCCCUCCCAGACAUAUUGAGACCUAUCCAUGAUGACCACUGCGCUACCCUUGUCUGCCGGCUUAAUAAUUAUGUUCCUGUUGUUUUUCAGGCUAUGCAGGGCCUCUGUUUCGUCCCGCGUCAGGUUGGGCGCGACCGCGAGGGCGCAGCCCGAUAGGAGCGACGGGUGUUCGUCCGCCAGGACCAGCGUUUGGACCUCUGGAGGAAGCAGUCCCGGUGAGGGCUCCCAAUCGGACCUCGGGGUGAAAGGUCGCGGCCCAAGAGACUCUUGCUUUUCAUAGAAAACCGCAGUUUUGACACUUCUAUGAUAUUCCUGCAGGUCGAAUUUUACUUGAUGGUGCCACUCUGGACUGAGGCUGGUGGACGGGACGAAACUGAGGCCCUUGUCGAGGAGGGAAUGCUGCGAUGAGGUAAGUAGGAAAUUUUUUGAUAAAUUUACGAUGUUUUUGUUUGUGUUUAUGUUUCCCCCCCGAAAGGUCGGGCUUUUGGGGAGGUCAAGUUUAAACAGUGAUACCAGUGCCUCAUCAUGUUCUUGGCUGUGUCCUUUGUCCAAUGGAUCUUGUCCCUCCCCGUUUCAAAAUCGUCGUCGGCGAGUGCCGGGAAGAAUUGGAGGCGGGUUUGGAUGUAAUUGUUAAUCAGCCGGAGGUUGUCCUUGUGUUCCUCGGGCAGGGAUUCCGAGAAAUUGAGGAGGGGGAUGAAGACUUCGGCAUUAGGGAAGGUCGUUUUGGCCGCUUUAAGGGCCCUCCGGAGCUGUUUGAAGGUGGUAACCUUGGGUUUUUGUUCCCUAUUAUUGAUGCCGAAUGCUAAGACCACCUUCUCAACCUCAGGACUAACUGCUGUUUUUUUCAGGAUGGCCUCUGCAUGGAGAAAUCUGGCCCCCGGGUAGCUGUCGAUCUGGAUGUCCUGGUGACGAAAGGCUGGGAGGUGCUUGAGGUUAGAGUCCCCGAUCACCACGACCUUCCUGCUGACAGACAGGUGCCAAUCCAUCAUUUUUCGAUCCGAGUUGAUGUGCACAGUGGGCUUUCUGGCAGUGCUCGGACUCGUAGGCGUGGUAACCUGCGCCGUACUAUUGUCUUCUGUCGGCUGUGAAGUCGAAGUGACUGUUUUUGUUUUUUUCUGGCUUCCAGAAAACAGUUGGGCCCAACUUGGGGUUCUCAGACCCAGGACAGGCCUGUCUGGGACGGACGUCUCCGGGAGGGGCACGCCCGGGAGGAGUGGAUCCGGGACGGGUAGAUCCAAGAGGGGCGUGUCCGGGAGGGGCGUGUCCGGAAGAGGCGUGUCCGGAAGAGGCGUGUCCGGAGGAGGCGUGUCCGGAGGAGGCGCGUCCGGGAUGGGCGGGUCCGGGAGGGGUUCCUGUGACCGCUCAGGGUAGAGUAGGUACCAGGGUGGAGGCGUGUCCGGGGAAGACUGAUCCCGUGUGGGCGACCCCGACUGCUCAGGUAAGUGUUGGUCCGUCUCUGGCUGGUCAGGAGUCCCCCGCACAUUCUCAUCCCCAUGUAUCAAAAUCAACGCACUGUGUUCAACAGGUGGAGCCGGGCGAGGCGGCGUGUCGGAGACCACCGGGAGGACCCCGAUCUCAGCACCGACCCGCGAUCGCGGCCCAUGCGGCCGGACCAAAGGUGCCUCGACGAUAGCGUCGUCGGCAGGUCUGCUGCACGGCUUGCGAGGUCGCGUUGCUCUCUGGGCCACAGAUGGUUCGGUAGCCGGAGAGGAAGGCGACAAGACCGGGAAAGGGACCGGAGUCACCCGUCCACGCGGGUCCCGAUCCUGCUCCACCUCAGGGGACCACUCCCUGGUAAUGGGGUCGGUCAUGGUGGACACCGUGGCGUGUGCAGCGGCAGUUGGUAGAAUGACCGGCGGGGGCAGCGAGGGGUGCACCACCUCCAUGACAACGCGGUUGUCCAACGAGUCCGAGUCCGCUCGAGGCUCGGUACGUCGGCGCCGCGCUGGGGGCAACACCUCCUCAACGGCCCGGGUGUCAACCAAGACCGAGUCCACCUGAGACUGGGCCUGCUGGAGCGUCUCAGUCGUCAGCCUGCGCCCUAGGUGUGUCUUGGCCCACGCCGAGGCCACUUUGAAUGGGGCUUCCCAAUUGUGUGAAAUAAAUUCCCCCAGUUUAUCAGCUUCUGAUUGCAGUGUUUUAUGGUAAUGUUCCCUAAGAAUUAUAAUUGUAGAAUGUGCCCAAUUUUUUGCAUUACCCUUUAUCCGGUCUUCUGUGUCGGGGUUGGUAACAGCUGGUCUGAUUCCCGUCGUCAAAGCAAGUUCCAUCCUAGUGAUGGUAAGUGGUUGUUGUUCCUUGCUGACGUUUUUUAGAUGAUGUACCACUUUAAUGAUGUUGUACAUAAUUCUAGCUAUGGAGCUAAAGUCGGGGUCCAGAUUGUCAGGAGAAGAUGCCCUGGGGGGAUGUGCCUGGUUAAUCUUGGCUGUUCUUUCUUUGCGGCGUUUUCCCCGUGCUGUUUUGUGUUGUUUGUUACCCCUAUGAUUUGCCCUAUGAGUCCCCCUGGGAUAGGGAGGGUUAUCAUGGGUAGGGUGGAAAUUUCCCCUGUUUUGGCGGGGCAUGUCAUCUGCCGGAAAAUUGGGAUGUUGCGGUUGGAAGCCUCUGAAAAAUGUGUUAUUAUUUUGGCGUGCAGUGUCGUUGUUUCGCCACUGUGGGGCGCUGUCUCGUAUCUCACGCGCGUUAUGAUCCCGGUGACGCGCGUCAUGAUCCCGGCGACGCGCGUCAAGAUCCCGGCCACGCGCGUCAUGAUCCCGUUCACGAGCGUCAUGAUCCCGGUCACGCGCGUCAUGAUCCCGGUCACGCGCGCCACGAUCACGGUCACGCGCGCCAUGAUUACGGUCACGCGCGUCGCGAUCACGGUGAUGCGCGUCGCGAUCACGGUGACGCGCGUCAUGCUCACGGUGACGCGCGUCAUGAUCACGGUGACGCGCGUCAUGAUCACGGUGCCGCGCGUCAUGAUCACGGCGACGCGUGUCCCAUUGGGGGCGGCCAUGGCCGCCGCAACAAUGAUCGUGAUCAUGAGGCCAACCUCGAGUCACUUCAGCAUAUGUGAGGUGCUGAAAACGGCCGGAAAAUUGUGUGUUUUGGCCGUAAUGGCGGUCGUUAUGAUGCGGGGAUCGGGAACGCGGAACCAUCUCGCGCUGCUGGCACUGUUUCCGUCCGCGCGGACGGACCUGGUGCCAUUCCUCGUCCUCCCACGCCGUCAUUUUUUGGAAAAUGCGUUAUUUUGAUGAGUAGAAUAAGGUGGGUAGGCUGAAAUUAUAUUAGGGACUAAGGUAAGUAGGGUGAAUAGAAAUUAAAAUUGUAUGGGAAAUAAUAUAUAUAUAUAUAAAGUGAAACAAGAGAAAACCGGCGAGCUUCCGCCCGCUGUGUGGCGCACUUCCGCCCGGACCGGAUGUCUCAAGAUGGCCGAGAAUGCGAAGCACUCUCGACAAAAAAACAAAUUAACAAACAACUAAGGGCGGUUCUGCGAAGAACGAUAAAAAAUCCCCAAGGAAAGGGGUUAAACUAACUAGCUAAGAAACUUAGGCUUGUAAAACUGAACGUAAGUAAGCGAAUUGUCAACGGACUUUUCGCCUCGUGGGAGACCAGCUCGCCACGGCACCAAAUUAAAGGGAAAGAGGGAAAAUGGGAGAAAAGGAGGUAAAAUAGUGUAAAUUUGUGAUAAAUGCAAGUCUUGUUUCGCAACGUUUCGGUACUCUCUGUACCUUCUUCAGGCGUAAGACUUGUCUAACUGAAUGAGUGUGAAAAUCGGCUUGUUCGUGCAAUUUCGUGAGCUGUUGCUCCUCUGGUGGUUCGAUGGCAAGUGAGGCCAUUGGCUGCGAGAGGUGGGGUGGAGUCAUGGCUGGCAGAAAAUAAGGAAUUAUUUUUGCAAAGCAAAAACUCUCCACUGAUAAACCACGUGACUGCAGGAAUGUGUGGCCCCAAGCACAAUUAACCCCUAUAGAAUUGCUUAUAAUAGUGAAUUAAAAUAAAGAUCAAUAAUAAAAUAUAAUAAAAAAAAUUAUAUAUAUAUAUAUAUAUAUAUAUAUGUACAAUUAUGUCCACAUAUACAGAUAUAUACUAUACUAUAUAUAAAAAAAGGUUAGAAAAAUUCACUAUUAGUUGCACAGUGAACCAAGCCGUGGACCAAGGUAAGUAUGGCUCCUUUAUGGAGUCCGAACAGGUCCAACAAUGUUUUUAGGAAGUUUUUCAGGUUUUUUAAUGUGUUUUUGUGAAUUUUUGAGGUUUUUUGUGAUUUUUUAAGAUGUUUUUUGUAUUUUUUUGCAGGUCCUCGUAGGAGUGCUGGGACAUCCGGGGCCCCCCCAGCGCCGGAAUGUCCGAAUACCCAGGUAAGUAGCUGUACAAUGCAGGUAAGUAGGGUAAGUGGGAAUAAUAUGAUGUUGUUUUUGUUGUUUGUGUGUACACACAAAUGGCCCAGGUGGGCCCACAAGGCAGAGCGCGAGCCGUGAGUGGACCAGAGGCACAGGCGGGUUAGGGUUGGGGUUGGGGUUAGGGUUAGGGUUAGGGUUAGGUUUAGAGUUAGGGUUAGGGUUAGGCAUAAAGAAAAAGAGUUGGUUAGGGUUAGGCAUAGAGAAAGAGAGUUGGUUAGGGUUAGGGCUAAGGGUGGGGGUGGGGCGAUAGAAAAGAGCGAAAAAAAAGGAAUAAGAAGGGUGUGCACGGUCCGUCUAUGGCCCAGCGGGCUCGCACUCAUGUCUCAUUGAGCCCCCCCGGGUGUCUAGUACCCAGUCUGUGGAUCCAGAGGCCUUCCGCCCGCCUCCGUUGGGCGGCACUCCAUCUGGAGUUGGCUUGGACCACACACGCCCGGACAGAAGCCCACCCGUGCCGGAUAAAGUGUUGGACAAGCGGCCGGAAGACCUUACCGCUGUGGCGAUUGACCAGCCAAGGGAUGUUCCGCAAGGGAGCGCUGCUCCGGGCCGAGGGCGGAUCUCCGGUGGAACUGAUCCGAGCCCUGACAAGCAGAUCACCCAGGCUGGGAUUUUUGCGGUAGGCCGAGACCAGAUAAUAGUCCUUCAGUUUGCCGCUUUUCUCCACAAAGGGGGAGGCUUCUUCUGGUCCAGGAAGCACCUGAACUGUCUCCUGAGGAAGGAUCUGGAAUACCCUCUCUUCCUCAGGGCCGUGAACAGGGCUCCCAUGGCCGUUACAAAGUCCUCCCGCCUGGUGCAGAUCCGGUGGAACCUCAGCAGCUGGGACUUCACCAAUCCCGCGUAGGUGUGUCGGGGGUGGAAGCUGGUUUUGUGGAGGAGGGCAUGGGUAUCCGUCUCUUUAAAAAACACCUUAAUGUCCAAAUGGUGAGUGGAGGUGAAAUCCGGACCCUUGAAGGUGGUAGUGUCCAGGAAGUCCACUGACGUGGGGCUGGUGGUGGACUUAAUGGUGAUACUGGGGUUGUGGGUAUUCAGGGUGUGGCGGAACCCCUCAAAUUCCUCCAUGGAAUGAGUCCACACCCCCCAGAUAUCAUCCAAAUACCUGAAAUAAUGGAGGGGCCUGAUUGCGCAGGCAGCAAGGGCAGAGGUCUCCCAUUCUGCCAUGAAGAUGUUAGCAUAGGCCGGAGCAAACUUUUUGCCCAUGGCCGUGCCCUUGAUCUGUAGAAAGAACCGGCCAUUGAACUCAAAGUCGUUCCUCCUGAGGUUGAUGUCGAGAAGCUGGAGGAGUUCCUUCUCGGGCCUGCUAACAUCUCGGUAUUUAUAAAAAAUGUUUUUGACGGCUUGGAUGCCCUGGUCAAUGUCAAUAUUCGUGUACAAACUAUCAAUAUCAAUGGUAAACAAGACUGCCUCUUGGGGAAUGAUCAAAUUUUUAAUUUUGUCAAUAAAGUCAUAUGUGUCCUUAAGAUAACUCUCGUGUUUAAUGGAGAGUGGGGUCAAAAAGUAAUCUAUAAACGCCGCCGUCCUGUAGGUUUCACUGCCGCAGUCGGACACAAUGGGCCUGCCCGGGGGUAUCUCGUACGGUCGGCUCCACUUGUGUCGUUCCUUGUGGAUCUUGGGGAGCAAGUAGAACCUACGGGGGCGGGGCUCCGAUUCGCCCAAGAGGUAAGUCUUUUGUUUGUGGUUAAUGAAUCGUUUUUUCAUUAAAUUUUUGACUAUGUUUUCGACCAUAGGGAUCGUUUGUGGGUAAAUGGGCGUGGCCAAUGGUUGGUAGUAGGUGGUGUCACUCAAUUGUCUGGUGCCCUCCCAGACAUAUUGAGACCUAUCCAUGAUGACCACUGCGCUACCCUUGUCUGCCGGCUUAAUAAUUAUGUUCCUGUUGUUUUUCAGGCUAUGCAGGGCCUCUGUUUCGUCCCGCGUCAGGUUGGGCGCGACCGCGAGGGCGCAGCCCGAUAGGAGCGACGGGUGUUCGUCCGCCAGGACCAGCGUUUGGACCUCUGGAGGAAGCAGUCCCGGUGAGGGCUCCCAAUCGGACCUCGGGGUGAAAGGUCGCGGCCCAAGAGACUCUUGCUUUUCAUAGAAAACCGCAGUUUUGACACUUCUAUGAUAUUCCUGCAGGUCGAAUUUUACUUGAUGGUGCCACUCUGGACUGAGGCUGGUGGACGGGACGAAACUGAGGCCCUUGUCGAGGAGGGAAUGCUGCGAUGAGGUAAGUAGGAAAUUUUUUGAUAAAUUUACGAUGUUUUUGUUUGUGUUUAUGUUUCCCCCCCGAAAGGUCGGGCUUUUGGGGAGGUCAAGUUUAAACAGUGAUACCAGUGCCUCAUCAUGUUCUUGGCUGUGUCCUUUGUCCAAUGGAUCUUGUCCCUCCCCGUUUCAAAAUCGUCGUCGGCGAGUGCCGGGAAGAAUUGGAGGCGGGUUUGGAUGUAAUUGUUAAUCAGCCGGAGGUUGUCCUUGUGUUCCUCGGGCAGGGAUUCCGAGAAAUUGAGGAGGGGGAUGAAGACUUCGGCAUUAGGGAAGGUCGUUUUGGCCGCUUUAAGGGCCCUCCGGAGCUGUUUGAAGGUGGUAACCUUGGGUUUUUGUUCCCUAUUAUUGAUGCCGAAUGCUAAGACCACCUUCUCAACCUCAGGACUAACUGCUGUUUUUUUCAGGAUGGCCUCUGCAUGGAGAAAUCUGGCCCCCGGGUAGCUGUCGAUCUGGAUGUCCUGGUGACGAAAGGCUGGGAGGUGCUUGAGGUUAGAGUCCCCGAUCACCACGACCUUCCUGCUGACAGACAGGUGCCAAUCCAUCAUUUUUCGAUCCGAGUUGAUGUGCACAGUGGGCUUUCUGGCAGUGCUCGGACUCGUAGGCGUGGUAACCUGCGCCGUACUAUUGUCUUCUGUCGGCUGUGAAGUCGAAGUGACUGUUUUUGUUUUUUUCUGGCUUCCAGAAAACAGUUGGGCCCAACUUGGGGUUCUCAGACCCAGGACAGGCCUGUCUGGGACGGACGUCUCCGGGAGGGGCACGCCCGGGAGGAGUGGAUCCGGGACGGGUAGAUCCAAGAGGGGCGUGUCCGGGAGGGGCGUGUCCGGAAGAGGCGUGUCCGGAAGAGGCGUGUCCGGAGGAGGCGUGUCCGGAGGAGGCGCGUCCGGGAUGGGCGGGUCCGGGAGGGGUUCCUGUGACCGCUCAGGGUAGAGUAGGUACCAGGGUGGAGGCGUGUCCGGGGAAGACUGAUCCCGUGUGGGCGACCCCGACUGCUCAGGUAAGUGUUGGUCCGUCUCUGGCUGGUCAGGAGUCCCCCGCACAUUCUCAUCCCCAUGUAUCAAAAUCAACGCACUGUGUUCAACAGGUGGAGCCGGGCGAGGCGGCGUGUCGGAGACCACCGGGAGGACCCCGAUCUCAGCACCGACCCGCGAUCGCGGCCCAUGCGGCCGGACCAAAGGUGCCUCGACGAUAGCGUCGUCGGCAGGUCUGCUGCACGGCUUGCGAGGUCGCGUUGCUCUCUGGGCCACAGAUGGUUCGGUAGCCGGAGAGGAAGGCGACAAGACCGGGAAAGGGACCGGAGUCACCCGUCCACGCGGGUCCCGAUCCUGCUCCACCUCAGGGGACCACUCCCUGGUAAUGGGGUCGGUCAUGGUGGACACCGUGGCGUGUGCAGCGGCAGUUGGUAGAAUGACCGGCGGGGGCAGCGAGGGGUGCACCACCUCCAUGACAACGCGGUUGUCCAACGAGUCCGAGUCCGCUCGAGGCUCGGUACGUCGGCGCCGCGCUGGGGGCAACACCUCCUCAACGGCCCGGGUGUCAACCAAGACCGAGUCCACCUGAGACUGGGCCUGCUGGAGCGUCUCAGUCGUCAGCCUGCGCCCUAGGUGUGUCUUGGCCCACGCCGAGGCCACUUUGAAUGGGGCUUCCCAAUUGUGUGAAAUAAAUUCCCCCAGUUUAUCAGCUUCUGAUUGCAGUGUUUUAUGGUAAUGUUCCCUAAGAAUUAUAAUUGUAGAAUGUGCCCAAUUUUUUGCAUUACCCUUUAUCCGGUCUUCUGUGUCGGGGUUGGUAACAGCUGGUCUGAUUCCCGUCGUCAAAGCAAGUUCCAUCCUAGUGAUGGUAAGUGGUUGUUGUUCCUUGCUGACGUUUUUUAGAUGAUGUACCACUUUAAUGAUGUUGUACAUAAUUCUAGCUAUGGAGCUAAAGUCGGGGUCCAGAUUGUCAGGAGAAGAUGCCCUGGGGGGAUGUGCCUGGUUAAUCUUGGCUGUUCUUUCUUUGCGGCGUUUUCCCCGUGCUGUUUUGUGUUGUUUGUUACCCCUAUGAUUUGCCCUAUGAGUCCCCCUGGGAUAGGGAGGGUUAUCAUGGGUAGGGUGGAAAUUUCCCCUGUUUUGGCGGGGCAUGUCAUCUGCCGGAAAAUUGGGAUGUUGCGGUUGGAAGCCUCUGAAAAAUGUGUUAUUAUUUUGGCGUGCAGUGUCGUUGUUUCGCCACUGUGGGGCGCUGUCUCGUAUCUCACGCGCGUUAUGAUCCCGGUGACGCGCGUCAUGAUCCCGGCGACGCGCGUCAAGAUCCCGGCCACGCGCGUCAUGAUCCCGUUCACGAGCGUCAUGAUCCCGGUCACGCGCGUCAUGAUCCCGGUCACGCGCGCCACGAUCACGGUCACGCGCGCCAUGAUUACGGUCACGCGCGUCGCGAUCACGGUGAUGCGCGUCGCGAUCACGGUGACGCGCGUCAUGCUCACGGUGACGCGCGUCAUGAUCACGGUGACGCGCGUCAUG